UGAUUUUGAAAUCCAACUUUCAUUGAAUGAGAUAUUUUUUCUCGUUUUUUGCACAGUUUUUUGUAGUUUUGUUGUAAUAGUUAUAUAUUUUCUGACAAAAAUGAUGGGUGAUGUAGAUAAGUGGAUUGAAAUCGCCAAAAGAUGUAAAUAUCUGCCAGAAGAUGAUCUCCGGGAGCUUUGUAACAUCGUUUGCGAGUUGCUACUUGAGGAGCCAAAUGUUCAGCCGGUUCAAACACCUGUAACCGUAUGCGGAGAUAUCCAUGGCCAGUUCUAUGACUUAGAGGAACUAUUUCAUAUAGGUGGUCAAGUGCCAGAAACUCAAUAUAUAUUCAUGGGAGAUUAUGUGGACAGAGGAUACUAUAGUCUUGAAACUCUUACCUUACUAAUGGCGCUUAAAGCAAGGUAUCCUGACAGGAUAUAUUUACUCAGAGGGAAUCAUGAAACGUGUCAAAUAACAAAAGUUUAUGGGUUUUACGAUGAAUGCCUAAACAAAUAUGGGAAUGCAAAUGCAUGGAAGGAUUGCUGCAGGGUUUUUGACUUGCUUGCAGUAGCAGCUUUAAUAGAUGAAACAGUAUUGUGCGUCCACGGAGGACUGUCUCCAGAAAUAUCAAUGUUAGAUCAGAUCAGGUGCAUCGACAGAAACCAGCAAAUACCUCACAAAGGUGCCUUUUGUGACUUGCUUUGGUCUGAUCCAGCUGAUGUUAAGUUGUGGUCUGUGAGCCCCAGAGGAGCAGGAUGGUUGUUUGGCAGCUAUGUCACAGAGCUUUUUAUGAAUUACAAUAAUCUGAAUCUAAUAUGUCGAGCACAUCAGCUUGUAAAUGAAGGUUACAAAUAUAUGUUUGAUAAGCGAUUAGUCACAGUGUGGUCCGCACCUAACUAUUGCUAUAGGUGUGGCAACGUAGCCUCAAUAUUGGAAUUCAAGACGGUCAACGACAGAAAUGCUAAAAUAUUUCAAGCAGUGCCUGAUAGUGAAAGAGAAGUCCCGCCUCAGCACACUACACCUUACUUUCUUUAAUUUAAGCUUAAUGUUAUAUAAGUAUUCCAAGUAAUUAUAUCAGAUUUUGUAUAGUAAAUUGUUGUAUAUUAAAAA